GUGUCAUUGCAUCCAUUUAAUUAAAAGAAUUGAAUUCGUAAUGAGAUCAUCUUGCAUGCAAAAUGAAGGUGUCGAAGUGGGGGCAGUACAUAAAAGGUCGUGAGCUCCCCCAACUGUAAAUUUGCACCAUGAAGUUUGCUGUUUGUUUUGUAGUGCUUGUCGCUGUGGUGGCCUCCAGCUUCGCCCUGCCGGCCAAAGGCUCCACCAAAGCGGCCCUGAAGAAGAAGCCCUGCCUCAAGGACUGCGGAGACGUCUACAAACCCGUCUGUGCCGGAGAUGGCAGUGCGAAAAACAACAAAUCUUUCGGAAGCGAAUGUGUCUUAUCGAACUACAACUGCGAGACCGGAAACAAUUUGAAGAUUCAAAGUCAAGGCGAAUGUCCAGGUGGUGGAGGAGUUCGUCUGUCGUAAAACCAGCUGCACCAAAAGAUUUUAUUCCAUGUAUUUGUGCAUUUUUAAUUUAAUUUGUUUCUCUCAACGCUUUGUAUGAGAAAUCUGAGUACAAGUUUUUUCAUUAUGAACAAAUAUAUUUUACAGCUUUC